UUCUGCUUUGCCUCAGCAGCCUUCACCCUUUCUCGUAAUCUUCUUCUUUCCAGCUCUCGUUCUUCUGUCCCUGUCCGUCACUGCAGCUGCUUCUCUCUCUUCUUCCCACUUUAAUCCUCUUCUCUUUAAGUAUUCACAUUUACCUGCUCCCCCUCCUGUUCUCUGCCCUACCCACCUUCUUAUCCUGCUCAUACAAUUCCUUUUCCACUCUAUUCUUAAUCAUUGCUUUCUCCGCCGUUCUGUCACAUAUUAUCCAUUCACUUUUUUGUGUCACACAUUUCUCCUGGCUCUUGCAUUUUUGUACUCAUUCCUCUCAGAGAUCCAUUUUCUUUCUUUUUUCUUCUAUUUGCAUAUUAUUUCCCUGCAAGUUCUAUCAACUUCUCACCCGUCUUUAUAUUUGAUCGCUUUUUCUCACUUUUGUCUUCUUUUAUCCUUCCUAGUGUUGCUCGUCCGUCUGCUUCUAUUUUGUUCCCUAGUCUCUGCAUUUUUCUUUUACCACAUUACUUGUGGUGACUUCUGUAAGACUACCUAUCCCCUUCUUUUCUGGAGGGGCCACUUCACCUCUCCCCCACAACAUUCGGCACCAUAGCUCCCCCCAGCCGCGCAACACCCCGUCCCUUGGCCCCAUUUGGCCUUGGGAGGAAGACAUUGGUGGCAGUGGCUAUUGGCGUUGUGAUGGUUCUAAUAUUGGUCAUCCUAAUUCCAGUGUUGGUCAACUCAGUGGGCUCUGAUGGCCACUAUGAAAUGUUGGGCACCUGCCGGAUGGUUUGCGACCCCUACCUCAGCAAAGCAGGGGCAACCACCACUAGUACGAGCAUCAGAGCCGGGACUGGAGCAGAACCCUUAAGUGACAGAGGACAACAAGCUCCAUCAACUUUAGUGCAAGGUCCUCAGGGCAAAGCAGGACGUCCUGGCAAACCUGGUCCACCUGGAGAACCCGGGCUACCAGGUCCACCCGGACCACAAGGGCCACCAGGAGAACGAGGAGAACCAGGGAAACCUGGACCACCUGGCUUGGCAGGAGGAGGUGUGAAUGGUGCCAUAAGUACAGCCACAUAUACAACCAUUCCCCGUGUGGCCUUCUAUGCUGGUUUGAAGAACCCCCAUGAGGGUUAUGAGGUCCUCAAAUUUGAUGACGUGGUCACCAACCUUGGGAACAACUACGAUGCGGCAAGUGGGCGGUUCAGCUGUACAGUACCGGGCACUUACUUUUUUACCUACCAUGUCUUAAUGAGAGGUGGAGAUGGCACCAGUAUGUGGGCGGACCUCUGCAAAAAUGGCCAGGUUCGUGCCAGUGCCAUUGCUCAAGAUGCAGACCAGAACUACGACUAUGCCAGUAAUAGUGUGAUUCUUCACUUGGAUGCCUGGAGAUGAGGUCUACAUCAAGUUGGAUGGUGGAAAAGCUCAUGGAGGCAAUAACAACAAAUACAGUACCUUCUCCGGCUUCAUCAUAUACUCAGACUGAGAGCAAAUGUUCUUUGGACUACCCUACCUACACCACCAGGGAGCAAGGAGCCCCAGAGAGAAGCUUGGGACAGCUGCAUGGAACACUCAAAUUACCUCCAUGGGGUACUUGGGAUUGUGUAGCUGCUCCCAAUUGCUUAUCCAGCACCUCUCUUGUGUCCUUGACCACUCAUGUAUCAUAUCCCAUGCUUCAGUGUGUAGCUGUUCAAUAAAGCCUCACUACUAUACCCCUGGCCUAACUCAUGCCUCUGUGCUUAUUUGAGGCCACUUUCCCAUUCAAAGCUAAAUGCAUACUGGCCAAUUCAAUUUAAUGAAUUACUGUCCAUUUUGUAUACCGUCUACACCUGUCAUGUUCCUUUCAGCACUGGAUCAUAUCACUGAAAACUGUUGUGGUGUCUUGCUGGUAAAUUUAAUUUCUGUGACAUCUGUGCCAAACCAUCAGUACUCAUUAGGCAUUAUUUUCACAAGCUUCAGUCUAGCACACGGAUAGAUUGUUCCAUUGAGUGAAAAAUGCAAGACAAUACUCUUGUCAUAAAACCGUCCACAUAGCCUUGAGAUUUGAUCCCUAUGCCUAUCCAUGGAUAUAUACUGUACCUCCAUCUAAUGAGACACCUAUAUAACUUCAGCAAGCUUCAUGGCUUUAACAUUUCCCAUUCCAGUAAACCUUCUUUAAGUCAAAUUCUUGCCUUUAUGUACUAAGACUCUACUACAUAACUUUCCAUAAAGCCACCUGCACGAAUUUCUUUGGUGAGGAUUGAUUGUCAUCAAUACUCUGUAUCCCUUCCUCAUUGUCCUCCUCAUGCUCCUUCUACCAAGCCUUAUAGCACCAUCUCCACUAAGCCUAAUACAUUUAUCAUUGCACCAUUUUUGCACCUGUAAUUUGUCUGAAAUUCACAGAGAUUUGCAAGCAUCUCUCUACCAAGACUCAAGGUUCUGUGUCUUUAAUAUCCCUAAUAAAUGUAAAGCUUUCUUCCUUAUCCAUCAACUAUUUAUACCUUUGCAACCCCUGUCCCCAACGUCACCCCUCCUUUGGGCUUCACUCAAAUCCAUUCACCAUCCACAUUUUUGCAUGUCAAAAAACCAUCUAUGUCCCUUCUUAAACACUAUUCUUCUUCAAUUCCAUCUUUGUAUUUUCCUCUUCUAGUUAUGACUGAAUCCCUUCAACAACCUCAAUGUCAACUCCAUCUCUCAUGUCAGUAUCCAUCUGGUAAACGUCAUUUUCAGUUUCCUAUACCCAAAGUUUUUCAUUUAAAUAGUUAAUUGAAUUCCCUAGGCAUCUAGUAAGCUUGUAUUAGUCAUGAUAUUAUUCCUCAACUGUCUACCUAAUAAUUAUAUCCUAGUUGUAAAUGUCAACAUCUUACUCAAUUUCCAAUUAUUGGUCCAAUAUGGCUACUGCGAUUUCUUUCAUCAGCCCUGUAUUUGUUUCUUGUGCCUAAAUAAAUCCUAAAAGCCCCCAGCGUUAUUUUUCCCUUCUACCUCAAUCUGUGUAUUUCUAGAACUCCCAAAUAAAUUGUGUAAUUAUAUAGAGAGCGUUAAAGAAAGACAAGUGAAUGACUCACAGAAUAUCUUCCCUCACAGACUAUAUACAUUACAAUAUUCUUAUUUUGUGUACAGGAAAAUCUAACUGUACGCUCUGUGUUCUCCACCUUAGGCUUGUCGGAUUGUGACUUUUUCCAUUUGAAGACAGAAUCAAUCAGAUUUAGCAGCAGCAUCCUAAAAGCGUACCUAGAGACUUGCUAAUUAAAAAAAGUAACACUUUAAUGCUAAAAUAAUGGUUUUUACAGCACUUUAUGUCCACAUUUUGCAAACCUCAAUUAAUUUAGAUCUGUGAAGUUUGACAUCUAUCUGUAUCAUUCUGUACUUACAGAUGCCACCCUGCUGGGCAUCAGAUUGACCUGCACAAAACUAUUCAUUAGCAGAUAUAGCCCUCAAAUUAUCUGCAUUGUGGAGCCCACAGAGGUUCUAGACUGCUUUGACAGGCUUACCAGUCAUGGCUGUUCUGUUAGUUGGUUCUGUUUCUUGAAGUUUCAAGAAACUGGCAUGUUGGUGCCACCAUUUUAAUUAUUUGGGAAGUUUCACAUGUUUGUUGGUCAUGUCAGAAAGGGAUGAUUGCAUGUUUUACAUUAUAUCUACAGUACAUGAGGGAUGGAAUAAUACCUAAUCUUACAUUAAGAUAAGACUUAUGUGCCCUGUUUUUUGAGAUCCUACAAGUUAUCCCUGCUUGAUAUUUCAUAGGGGUUG